AUGACUCUCAAGGCUUUAAGCGUUGGCUUCUUUCUCUCCCAGGUCCUGGCUGUACCCGCGCCGAGGGUUGAUGCUGAUGCCAUUCCCUUUAGAAUUCCGCCCUCUGCGGCCUCCUCCAUCCCCGAGGCACAGUCUCAGCUCGACGGCCUGGCUUCAUUUGCCUAUGGUGUGACCAAGUCGAAUCUAGAAUCGGGCUCGGAGAGGAGACGCACGAACGCCUGCACGUUGUCGAAUCUCAGCGUCCGCCGUGAAUGGUCAACCUUCACGGUGAGGCAGAGAAAGGCGUACAUUGAUGCCGUGCUCUGCCUGCAGAAGCUGCCGGCAAAGACGCCGUCCAGCAUUGCUACCGGAGCUAAAAGUCGCUAUGAUGACUUUGUCGCCACUCACGUCCAGCAGACGUUGGGAAUCCACCAUACCGGCACAUUCCUUGCGUGGCAUAGGUAUUACGUCCACGAAUAUGAUCAGGCCCUUCGCAAUGAAUGUUCAUACAAGGGCGACUAUCCCUAUUGGGAUUGGCCGCUUUCCGCCGUGAUUGGGAUGGAAAACCACCCCAUCUUUGACGGCAGUGACACAUCCUUGUCCGGCAACGGCAAACCCAUCCCCAACCAGGGUGACAUUGUAGUCCGCAUAGCAGAUUUCCCGCCAGUGAACCUACCAUCCGGUACCGGGGGCGGGUGCGUCACCAGCGGGCCGUUCAAAGACUAUGUCGUGAACCUUGGACCAGCGGUGCUCCUCCUCCCCGGUGACAAAGUCGAAUUCCGCCCCAACCCGCUCGACCACAAUCCACGCUGCUUGAAGCGUGAUCUCACCGAUACCGUUAUCAAGAAAUACGCCAAUGCUACCGCCGUGGUGGACCUGAUCCUCCGCAGCAAAGACAUCGAAUCCUUCCAGACAACCAUGCAGGGCGCCCUCGGCAGCGACUCCGUUGGCGUCCAUGGCGGGGGGCACUUUGCUCUCGGCGGUGAUCCAGGGCGCGAUGUGUUCGUCUCCCCCGGCGACCCGGCGUUUUUCCUUCACCAUGGCAUGAUCGAUCGAGUGUGGUGGAUCUGGCAGAGCUUGGAUCCGAAGAACCGCCGCAACGCGAUUCACGGAACAGGGACAUUCUUGAACCAACCCCCGUCUCCCAAUACGACGCUUGAUACGCUGAUUGACCUGGGUCAUGCGGGUGGUUCUGUGCGGCCCAUGCGCGAUUUGAUGAGUACCACGGAUGGACCAUUCUGCUAUACCUAUCUGUAA